CCUAGCCGCUCUGUAGCGUUUAGCAUGUUAGCCAUAUGUUUACCUGGUCGAGAUGAGGAUUUUAGUAAGAUUCGAGUCAUUAAUGAAAUCUAUGAAGUAUGAAGUUUUAAUUUAUAGCCUGAUUUUACAAGGUUAGCUACAAUGGAGCGACAGGGUUUCAUCGGUGACCUGGACACCAAGAGUAAGGGGCAGCUGUGUGAAAUAUUGUCACGACAAGAAAAGUUACUAAACAAUAAGUGUUUUAUCCGAACCCUUCCUGACAAAGGAAAGAAGAUUACUGAGUUUGUGGAGAAAGUCCGCCAUGUUCUAGCAAAUAAGGAGGAAGAAGAGAAGAAGCGGGUCAGCUUGGCCUCUGUGCGAUCAGAGUUUCAGUCCAGAUAUCAGCAGGCUUUCACUCAGCGCCAGCAUGUCGUCUCCACCGAUGCGCUUGCUGCUGGAACGAGGCUUAAAGAGAAAGAGGUGAACACAGAGCCAUCACUCCUGGUGGAAGCUGCAUGCAGAGCGGAUGGUGAAAACAGCCUGGAGUCCCUCUGUGUAGAGAACACUGAGGUGAGAGAGACAACAUCUGGAGACACAGCAGCAUCAGGCAACGAAGACAGAGCCGCAGAUACGGAUCUCGCCUUGGCGUUUAAACGUAUUACUUUAACUGAGCAGAGCAGCGUUCCUCCCAGAGACACGGCUAGAAAUCCUUUCUUAGGCUUGAAGCAGCAGCAGCAACAGCAGAAGAAGCCACAUUACAUAGAAGUACUGGAGAGAUCAGACAGAAGUGUGACAAAACCUCGAUUCAGACUCAAUCAACUGCCAUUGAAGUCAGACUCUCCGUCUCCUGGUCAGUCCCCUGGCAGUGUUACCCCACUCAGCGCUGAGGUCCGGAGGCAGAAGGACAGGAAGCACAUCGAUGAUGUCACAGCCGCCAAGCUUCCUCCGCUGCACCACAGUCCGGCACAGUUACUCACACUAGAGGAGUCUGUCACCCUCCUGGAGGAGCAGACAGCAAAGUAUCAGGAACUCCAAGCCAAAAUGGCCGCCCAGAAGCUUGCUGAGGGUUUGACUGUGAGUAUGGACAGUUAUAACCCUGAUGGGGUCGCUCUGGCUGCACACAGAGAGGUGCAUGAUGAUGAGACACUCUCAGAGGAAGACUGACCAAGGAGACUGAUCCUGUGGCUAGAGACAUCCGGAGCUGUAAGAUCAGCUUCUUUAACAGCGUUGUCUUAGGUACUUCCUUGAGUUGGCUGACUUGUAACGAUGCUGUUCUGCAGGUCAGACUGCAAGGAAGCCAGGUCUGAACAGAGAAAAUCUGCUACCGGAAAUGAGCUUUAAAUAAAGACCUAGUACAAUCGUUCUCAAAGCAGUUUCUGGUAUUCUGUGCUGAGCGCUAAAUGUUUUUGCGUUCUUUGAUGUAACACCUAAUUUAGUUCGACAGAGUUUAGUUUGUAACGACGUACACGAGUCGAGCCAGCUGUUCUACAGAAAGGACCAUCCAGAAAUGACAACGCUGGGAACACUGGAAAUGAAAAGCACUGCACAACUAUGACCUGACUUCAGAAAUAUGGAAACACAUUAUGCAACAAUUUAUUCGUUUUUUUUU